AUGUCUUUUCAUCAGGAACUGAAAUCGCAGUCAUGGACUAUGUAUGGGAUUGGAAUGUUCACAAUAGUCGUUCGAACCAUUGCACGAUGGCGAAGAGUUCGAAGUCCCUCACAAUUCGCAAUCGAUGACUGGUUGAUGGCGACGGCCGUGCCACUGUUUUACACAGGAUUGGUCGUAUGCCUCAACACUAUCGCACAAGGCGGUGGGAGCAAUCUAUUCCCUCCAGGACAGUUGUCGACCUUUACAGAACAGGAAAUACAAGAGCGCAUUAAAGGAUCAAAGAUAGUGAUUGUCUCCGAACAGUGCAUGCUGAAUGUGAUCUGGUCGCUCAAGGCUUGCAUGCUGCUGAUGUUCGCCCGCAUGACAUCGGGGACAAGACACAUCAAGUGGAUCAAGAUUGUUGCCAUUUAUGUCUUUGUUGGCUGGGUGGCUGUGCAGAUUGCUUUCUUCACAGCAUGUAUGCCAUUCAGCGGCUACUGGGCUAUCCCAGUCUCGAACCCUCAGUGCACCACACUGCAGCACUUUGCGAUCGUCCAGGCGACGUUCAACCUCAGCAGCGAUGUUCUGAUCAUCGCGGUACCUAUUCCAAUGGUCGUGUCGUUGAAUCUACCGAUCAGACAGAAGAUAGGUCUGGGUGUGCUGUUCAGCAUGGGUACAUUUGUCAUCAUUGCUGCGAUUCUCACGAAAGUCUACAACCUGUCCAACGUUUACGAUACCGCAUACAUGCUCUGGUAUACACGGGAAGCCUCAGUAGCUGUAUAUGUAGCCAAUCUGCCUGGUAUAUGGCCGCUGGCUCGUGAGCACAUCCGCUUUCUACGCGAUCACACCAACUCGUACAUCACCGGACAGUCUCGCAUGCCACCCUAUGGCUACGGAUCCAACUACGGAAACCUAUCGAAGCAGCAGCGCAGUCACAUACGUGUGACCGUCACGGAUGUCGAACCUGAUGAGGUGGAGCUCAAGGACUCGUACAACAGGCCGGGCGCACGAUCUAUUCACUCGUCGCCCAGCCUGACCGGUAAAGAUUUUAGGUCCGGUAAGACCAGUCUCGAUAGCGAUGAGCGGGCUAUCAAUGACCUCAGCAGCUGGAAGGGAAUGAAUGUGAUGGAGGUACAAGUUGAUACGAAGGUGGAGAUACGAAGAGGGGGCUGGGCUGGGACAGAAUUACAGGGUGUGCAAACGAAAACCCAGAUCGAAGGAGGUUGUAGGGCAUGA